CCAAAUGGUUAAAAAUCAGAGAAGCGGAACAAUAUCACAUCAGAUCCUGCUUCUUUUCUUCAACACUCUUUCUCCCUCUCACUCUUCUCAUUCGUUCAACUUGUUUCUACCCGCACUUUCUAAUCAAAUCCACAAGGAACAAAGGAAGUUACUUCACUUCUCUGUAAACUCUUCACUCUCUUCAUUCCAUCAGAGAGCAAAACCUGAGAAAGAAAAUAAAAGCACCCCAUUAAGCAAGCCAAGCAACCCAUCACGAUUCCAACUUAAAGCACGAUUUUUACCGCCGAAACCCGAGACCCAGAUGAAGUUUUGACUCGAUCCGUCAUUUUCCUCAAAUGGGUCACUCCAAUUCUUCGUCGCCGUCCAAGCGCGGCCACGCGCGGCAGUGGCGGCUCCUGGACCUCGUUUCCGGCGUCUUCUUCUUCCUUGUGCUGCUCUUCUUCGUCAUGGUCUUCACCCCGUUGGGCGAUUCGCUCGCCGCAUCCGGCCGCCAGACGCUGCUCCUCUCCGGUGCUGACUCCCGUCACCGCCACCAGCUAGUGGAGGCGGUCGAGACAGCUGGGCGGGGCGUGGAGGCGUGCCCCGCCGAUACGGCUGAUUACAUGCCGUGCGAGGAUCCGAGGCUGAACAGCCAGCUGAGCAGGGAAAUGAACUACUACAGGGAGAGGCAUUGUCCCAGGCCGGAAGAGUCGCCACUCUGCUUGAUUCCGCCGCCGGACGGGUACCGGGUGCCGGUGCCGUGGCCGGAGAGCUUGCACAAGAUAUGGCACAGCAACAUGCCAUACAACAAGAUUGCUGACAGGAAAGGUCACCAGGGAUGGAUGAAACUAGAAGGUCAACACUUUAUAUUCCCUGGUGGUGGUACAAUGUUUCCAGAUGGAGCAGAGCAAUAUAUUGAAAAACUUGGUCAGUACAUUCCAAUAAGUGGAGGUGUUCUGAGGACUGCACUUGAUAUGGGGUGUGGGGUUGCUAGUUUUGGAGGAUUUUUGCUCUCUCACAAUAUUUUGACCAUGUCUUUUGCUCCAAGAGAUUCUCAUAAAGCUCAAAUACAAUUUGCUUUGGAAAGAGGAAUACCGGCUUUUGUUGCUAUGCUUGGUACUAGAAGACUUCCAUUUCCUGCAUUUGGAUUUGACUUAGUUCAUUGCUCUAGGUGUUUGAUCCCAUUUACAGCCUACAAUGCCUCUUAUUUCAUUGAAGUUGACAGAUUGCUUCGCCCUGGUGGAUAUUUAGUUAUUUCUGGUCCCCCUGUUCAGUGGCAUAAACAAGAUAAAGAAUGGUCUGAUCUCCAGGCUGUGGCAAGAAUCUUGUGUUAUGAACUGAUUGCUGUAGAUGGUAACACUGUGAUCUGGAAGAAGCCUGCAGGAGAAACUUGUGUUCCUAAUGAAAAUGAAUUUGGUCUUCAGUUAUGUGAUGAAUCAGAUGACCCAAGUCAAGCUUGGUACUUGAAAUUGAAGAAAUGUGUCAGUAGGACAUCUGUAAAAGGAGAUUAUGCUAUUGGGGUAAUUCCCAAGUGGCCGGAGAGGUUAACUACAACACCUCCAAGAUCCACCCUCCUGAAGAAUGGUGUUGAUUUGUUUGAGGCUGACACUAAGAGAUGGGUAAGGAGGGUGGCUCACUAUAAGAAUUAUCUAAAAAUCAAGUUGGGCACUCAAUUUGUACGCAAUGUCAUGGACAUGAAUGCAUUAUUUGGGGGUUUUGCUGCUGCCUUAAAAUCUGAUCCUGUGUGGGUGAUGAAUGUAGUUCCUGCUGAAAAGCCACCCACUCUUGAUGUUAUCUUUGACAGAGGUCUCAUUGGAGUCUAUCAUGAUUGGUGUGAACCAUUUUCAACAUACCCUCGUAGCUAUGAUCUAAUCCACGUAGCCAGCAUCGAAUCCCUUAUAAAAGAUCCAGCUUCUGGUAAAAACAGAUGUAGUCUUGUUGAUUUGAUGGUAGAAAUUGAUCGAAUGUUGCGUCCUGAGGGAACUGUGGUGGUUAGGGAUGCACCUGAAGUGAUCGACAAAGUAGCUCGCAUUGCCGGAGGAGUGAGGUGGAAGCCUACCGUUUAUGAUAAAGAACCUGAAUCACACGGCAGAGAGAAGAUUCUUGUUGCAACCAAGACUUUCUGGAAGCUCUAAGUCACACCCCAUUCACACAGCUCUGUAAUUUAUAGGUAACUUCCCUUUUUCCAUCAUGUGGGGGUGAAGGUAUGCAUCAAAGAGAUGCUGUUUUCUGACUCAUAAUAUUCUCAUACAAAGAAGAUAGUGAGGUAAGAUUUCAAAAAGAUGGGAAGACCCUUGUGCAGUUUUUGCAUGGAGAAUGUAAUACAGUGUUGUUUAUAUUUUCUCUAAACUUUAAGGAUGUGAGAUGUAAUUCAAAACUUCUUUUUUAUUGAAAAGAAAUUAUCAUUGAUUAUAAUUCAA